AAACCCAGGUUUGGCUGCACUCCGGCGUCGGAUUGAGGUCUCUGCUGCUGCUCUGACACACUCACUCUCUCUGUCUGGUUUACCGAAGCGUGCUCGUUUUAACCGAGACAGUAAUCAUUCAAAUACGUGAUCAAAGGACGUAUCUCAUUUGCUAGUUCAAUAAAUAAACCGUACGUCGGACGUCUCGUCAUCUCCACGGAGCUAGAAAAGUCCCCGGGACAAUGGCUGAUCAGCUGACUGAGGAGCAGAUUGCUGAGUUCAAGGAGGCAUUCUCGCUGUUUGACAAGGAUGGAGACGGCACAAUCACAACCAAGGAGCUCGGGACUGUGAUGCGUUCUCUGGGACAGAACCCCACUGAGGCUGAGCUGCAGGAUAUGAUCAAUGAGGUGGAUGCUGAUGGUAAUGGCACAAUUGACUUUCCUGAGUUCCUGACCAUGAUGGCCAGGAAGAUGAAAGAUACAGACAGUGAGGAGGAGAUCAGAGAAGCCUUCAGAGUCUUCGACAAGGAUGGUAACGGCUACAUCAGCGCAGCAGAGCUACGGCACGUCAUGACCAACCUCGGGGAGAAGCUCACAGACGAGGAGGUGGACGAAAUGAUCCGUGAGGCCGACAUCGAUGGCGACGGGCAGGUCAACUAUGAGGAGUUUGUCCAGAUGAUGACUGCUAAGUGAAGAGAACACUGACAUCUCUCUCAACAUCGCUUGUCCUCCUAAGAUCACUGUCUUCAAGAACCAAAAAAAGGAACUAUCAAAUGAGAAACUAACUUCCCUCCUCAGAAUCACUUACCUGUAGAAUUUAGCAAUUUGUGCUUCAGUACAUCCAACUACUUCAAAAGGUAUCUGUUUACUAAACAACAACAGAGCAAUCCUUUAGAGAAGUUAAUGGACCAACCUUUAAGGGGACCAGGGCCCCCUCACUUCCGACUAAGAUUCUGCUGAGUUCCCCAGCUCCUGAUUAAUUUAGAGGUAAGAGGAAACACUGAAGGCAGAGGUGUUUGAACCCACGCCACAGUUGUUAGAGUGAAGUUAAAUUCUUUCCAAAUCACUUCCUACCAAGACUAUUUGACUUUUCUCGCACCAGUGGCGACUCUCCAAACAAUGAAUUGAGUACUAUUCUUGCAUGCAGCCUUUCUGUGGCGCUCUCUAGUCACAACAAGGAGGCUCUGAUUCCACCAGAGGUAGCAGUCAGAUUGUGUACACACUGGAGGUAUAUACAUAAAUAUAUAGCCAUAUAUAUAUAUGUACAAAUUUGUGUCACUAUUGAUUAUUGCAAGGGCCAAAAGUUGCAUUGUAGGUGGUCUGUUUUUCGGAUGAGAUCUCUAAUACCUUGAAGAGUUCGGACAAGAAUGAGACAGGAAAAGAGCUGAGGGGGGGUUUUCUCUCUUGAAGAUGUUGAAUUGUCAUGUGUUGAGUCGCGGGCUCUGCCUGCAGCACUGACUGGAGACAGCUGUACGUUGUAUUGCUUCAGGAUGACUGUCGUGAAAACGCAACUUGAGGACUGCAGUUAAUACAUUUAUUCUGCAACCAGAUAUCCUGUUGAUACAAUAUUGAUGUAAUGCUUUAUAAAUGUGUUCUCGAAUAUUAAUAUAUUGAUGACAAACUUUGGUCACCAAAUAUAGCUCUCUCUAUAUAUUAGUGUAUCGUAAAGUUUGCAUUGCCUAUUGUUGUAGUAAAUGACCUGUGACAUGUUUUCUCUUUGGUUUUGAAAUGUGCCAUAAUACUCUUUACAAACGCCUCAACCUUCUUGCAAGACUCGUAGUUCAUAAGAAUAUAAUCAAUCUAUUUAAUAAAACCACAUGAUACAUGCAGUUGAGCAUAUAUAAACUUAAA